AAGUUAAGAAGUUGCAGUGAUCUGUAAUUUGUGAAAAGGGUGAGUUCAUAUUCGUCCUCGCCGUAAAUGACUACAUGCUUCGGGGCCUUUUCUAGCUUUCCAGUCAUUUUCCGGCCAGCAUUGCCGCUUGUACUUACUGCUCCGUCUUCGGCGCCGUCCCCGGAAUCGUCAACCUUCUUCUUUCUGAGCCAGACCCAGUUCCCUAACAGAGUAUACGUGAAAUGGAACCCACGGACUCAACUAAUGCAAGACUUGUGCUGGCGCCAGAGGAAGGGCAAGCCAAUAAUCAUCUGAGACCAGAACAUGCAGUUGCACACUGCGGCCACAAUGAACAGACGAUGGCCUGUUCAAUUAGCAUUGAGGGGCAUCCUACGACAAAGAGCACUGGAGGCUGGAACUCAGCUAUAAUCUUGCUAGCAAAUCAAGGCCUUGCAACUCUGGCUUUUUUCGGAGUUGGCGUCAAUUUGGUAUUGUUCCUGACCAGAGUUAUCGGGCAAGACAAUGCCACUGCAGCAAAUAAUGUCAGCCAAUGGACCGGGACUGUAUAUUUGUGCUCGCUGGUGGGAGCAUUUCUCAGCGAUUCCUACUGGGGCCGAUACCUUACCUGUGCCAUUUUUCAGAUAAUCCUUGUGCUGGGUUUGGUCCUAUUAUCAUUAUCCUCCUGGCUUCUCUUGCUCAAACCUGAAGGUUGUGGUGACGGAGAACAGCUUUGUUAUCCCACUUCUUCGGUUGGCACUGCCAUAUUUUACUUGGCUAUCUACUUGGUGGCAUUUGGAUAUGGCGGACACCAGCCCACCAUAGCCACAUUGGGAGCAGACCAGUUCGAUGAAUCAAACCUUAAACAAAGGAAAUCUAAAGCAGCUUUCUUCUGCUACUUCUACUUUGCACUCAAUGUCGGCUCGCUGUUCUCCAACACGGUUCUGGUAUAUUAUGAGGAUACUGGGAAAUGGACACUUGGGUUUUGGGCAUCGACAGGAUCAGCUGUUUUAGCUCUAGUCUCAUUUCUGUUAGGAUCAUCAGGAUAUAGGCGUAUUAAACCGUGUGGGAAUCCUAUUCCACGCGUGGCUCAAGUAUUCUUUGCUGCAGCUAGGAAAUGGAAAGUGGUUCCAGCACAAGAGAAUGAGUUGUAUGAGGUUGAAGGAUCAGAGUCCGCAAUUAAAGGGAGUAGGAAGAUUCUUCAUAGCAAUCAAUUUAAGUGUUUGGACAAGGCUGCAACCUUGACAGAGAAAGACCAGUGUGACACUAUAAAGCCAUGGAGACUUUGCACUGUCACUCAAGUAGAAGAAGCCAAAUGCAUACUAAGAAUGCUACCCAUUUGGCUGUGCACCAUAAUAUACUCAGUAGUCUUCACCCAGAUGGCUUCCCUCUUCGUCGAGCAAGGUGUAGUCAUGAACUCUGACAUUGGAAACUUCCAUCUUCCUGCAGCAAGCAUGUCGGCUUUUGACAUCUGCAGUGUCCUCAUCUGCACUGGCAUUUACCGACAGAUCCUCGUGCCACUAGCUGGAAGGCUCAGCAGAAACCCCAAGGGCUUAUCCGAGCUUCAAAGAAUGGGCGUUGGACUUGUCAUAGGCAUGCUGGCCAUGCUAGCAGCCGGCCUCACAGAGGUGGAGAGGCUCAAGAGGGUGAUCCCAGAUGGCCAUUCCAGCUCUUUGAGCAUAUUUUGGCAGAUUCCUCAGUAUGUCCUUGUUGGUGCCUCUGAGGUCUUCAUGUACGUUGGUCAGCUAGAGUUCUUCAAUGAACAAGCCCCGGAUGGGAUAAAGAGCUUCGGGAGCUCCCUGUGUAUGGCAUCAAUAUCGCUUGGCAACUAUGUGAGCAGCUUGCUGGUUAACAUGGUGAUGGUGAUCACUGCCAGAGGUGACAGCCCUGGCUGGAUCCCGGAAGACCUAAACGAUGGCCACAUGGACCGGUUUUACUUCCUCAUCGCCGUCUUAACGGCUGCUGAUUUUGUGAUUUAUGUCUAUUGCGCCAAGUGGUACAAGUGUAUCAAUGUUGAUGACGGGAGAAAUAGUAUGGAGGAUCAGAAGACCCAACAAGCAGAGGAAGUGCAGGGUAGAGUGUAGCGUAGAUGAACUCUUCUGGCUGUUCAUGUUUAGAGUAGAGAACUGUAUUAAUUAGUCAGUCAUUUUGGCUUCCAGGUGGACUAGUUGUUCUAGCAUUUUGAGCAUGAAAUUCUGGUAUUAUUGAGACAUGUUUGGCUUUCCUAAUAAGAUUAUUUUA